AUGGAAUUGGUUGGCAACGUAAAAUGCUACGAAUGGGGCAAGCUCGGCCUACAGUCGUUUGUUGCUCAGCUCGCCAAAGCGAAUAGUAAAGAGCUGGAGAUAAAAGCCGACUGUCCGUACGCAGAACUGUGGAUGGGAGAUCACAUUAAUGGGCCGGCUACCAUAAAAGGGGAUCGCACAAGUCUGGAUGAGGUUAUACGAAAAGACCCGGCUGGCAUGUUGGGAAUGGACGAAGGAAGGUUGCCUUUUCUAUUGAAAGUGUUGAGUAUCAGGAAGGCUCUCAGCGUUCAGGUGCAUCCGGACAAGGCAGAAGCGGAAAAGCUUCACCAUCAGUUUCCCGACAUUUACAAGGAUUCCAAUCACAAGCCAGAGCUGGCCAUAGCAUUGACAGAUUUUCAGGCGUUGGAUUUUCAGGCGUUGUGUGGUUUUCGGCCAUACCCGCAAAUAGCGAGCUUGUUAGCCGAAUCGGUAGAGCUUCGAGCACUACUUGGCGACGACGUUUUCCAGGAGUUUCAGAACAAAACGGAAACGGCGGUCAAAGUCGCCUACGAGCGAUUGAUGCACAGCGACCCCACCAGCAUUGAUAAGUGCAUCGAGAGCAUGGUCGGCCGGUUGCAAGAUGCCGAGCCAUCGGAGAUACAGCAGCUAUUCCUUCAACUGUAUGCCGACUUUGGGUGUGACGUAGGCGUACUCUCGAUUUACUUUCUUAACUAUCUUCGCCUGGCGCCGGGACAGGCUAUCUACUUGGCCGCGAACGUACCACAUGCCUACCUUGACGGAGAUUGCGUAGAAUGUAUGGCUUGCUCCGACAACGUGGUGCGGGCAGGCCUAACACCGAAGUUCAAGGAUGUCGACACGCUCCUCCGGCUGGUCUCGUAUAGUUGCUCUCCCGGCGAGAGUAUGCUUUUCCAACCGAAGCUGCUGCAACCAAGCGUACAACCGUACACGAGAACGUUCAUUCCUCCGGUUAAAGACUUUGCCGUGGCGGAAAUUCGACUGCCAACGAACGUCCGCGAGUAUACCGUCAGCAAUCCGAUGAACGGAUCUAUUUUGCUAAUUGUCGGUGGGAAAGGAGUGCUUGAGGUUUCAGGUGCGAAAACCGAGCUCAAAUUCGGAAAAGUCGUGUUCCUUCCGAGUAGUGCUGGACGUCUGGUUCAACUGAAUCUAGACGAGACUGAUGAACCUUUCCUAGCCUUUCAGGCCAUGCACAAUGAUUUCGAAUGAGGCCGAGUGGCGUUGUAUAUUCAAUCAUUCGUUAAGGGCUGUACGUACUGUAGCGAAUUGGUUUACUCUGAUUUUUAUUUUUGAUUGUUCCUUGCAUUGUCUGAUAAGCGAAUUUUUGUUCGAUGAAAACCAUAAAGAGAAUUGAAGUCUUUGUCAAUGUUUUAGUUACUACAUUUUUCGAAUCAUGUUCCUUUUUAUCAUUAUUAUGGACAUGUUAAUAACCAUCCGCUACACAGCGAAAAACGCACGUACCCAUUUGAUCGAACAAUUUAUUAUUUACAUAAAUAUUACACAAAACAA